CAAACCGGAUUGAGAGGAUAGGAGUUUGCAAGUUUCGUAUAAUUUAUUUGUAAUCGUUUCAAAAUUACUUAUAUUUGGAAGCGAUAUUUAAUCUGUUCAUAAAAAGAAUUUUAUUAGUGAAACAAUAACGAAAUUAUUAAAAAACUGAACGUACAUCAGGAAAACCUUAAAAGUAGAUCAAGAUGCAGGAAUCUCAACCGAAGAGAGGCAAGAAAGCCAGAAGAAAGCGUAAUGAUAGUGAAGAAGAUAUCGAAAAAGUUUUGGCCGAAUUGGAAUUGGAAUAUUCUGGACAAAAGGAGGAAGUCAAAGAUAAGCCAGUCGAACCAAAACCUGAAGAUGAAGACAAAAAGAAAAAAGGAAAGAAGGAUAAGAAGAAAGAAAAAAAUGAAAUCAUCGAUAUUAAAGAAGAGUUGAAGACUAGUGAAAUCCUUGAAGCAAAUGAUAUUGAUGAUGAGAUGGAAAGUGGAACUGUAAAAACUGCUGCACAGAAGAAAAAGGAAAAGAAAGAAAGAGAAAAGCAAAAGAAACUUGCCCAGAAAAAAGCUGAAAGUGCUAAAAAAGGAGAAAAUGAAGAAGGAAAGCCUGCAGAUACAACAGAAAAACAAAUAAAAAAGGAGCCAGAAGUAAAGGUAUCGGAAACAAAAAGAGUAGAAUUAAAGGAGAUAAAUGAAGCAGAUGUUUCUGCAACUGGUGAAGGUGAUGAGGGAAAAAAGAAGAAAAAGAAAGGCGCAAAAGAAGAACCAAAAGAGAAAGGCAAAGGUCCUGGGAAGAAGACUAUUGCUGCAAUGCAAGAAGCUUUAAAGAAAUUAAAGGAAGAAGAGGAGAGAAUGAAACUAGAAGAAGAAGAAAGACUACGUCAAGAAGAAUUGAGACAACAAGCUCAUUUGGAACAACUAAGGCUUGAACAGGAACGAAAGGAAAGGAAAAAACUUAAAGAAAAGCAAAGAAAAGAAAGAUUAAAGGCAGAGGGGAAACUUUUAACAACAAAACAAAAACAAGAUAGAGCUAGAGCACAAGCUAUGUUGAAUGCGCUUAAAGCUCAAGGUUUAGAUUUACCAGGUGUAGGGGAGAAGAAACCUAGACCAGGAACUCGUAUAAGACCGAACAAGGUAAAACAGCAAACGAGUGUCGAUGAAAAAGACAAUGAGAAAGUAGAAGAAAGUGUACCAGAGGCAGAUAGAGUCGAAGUAGAAAUUAUAGAUCAGCAGGUUAAGGAAUUUGAAGAAAAGAAAGAUGAUGUCAAAGAUUCAUGGGAUGCUGAAUCUAGCGAAGAUGAACAGGACGAAGAUAAAUUAGAUGAUGUGCCAAAAGCUCCCAAAAAGAUUAAGGAUACAUUUUUCUCACUGAAGAAGGAAAAGCAAUCACAAAUUGAAGAAAGUAAAAAAGAAUCGUCGGAAAGUGAGUCAGAAAGCGAGAGUGGUAGUGAAUCAGAGACAGAGGAAAGCGAAGAUGACAGUGGGUUAGAAGACAAAGUAUCGGAUGCAGCAAAGAAAAAGGAACGAGUUAGAGAACGAAUACAUCUUCGGAGAAUGGAAGCGGAAAAGAAAAGAUCGUUAGAUAAUCUUAGAGCUGCUGUAGUAUGCGUUUUAGGUCAUGUCGAUACUGGGAAAACAAAAAUUCUCGACAAGUUGAGGAGAACGAAUGUACAAGACGGUGAAGCAGGCGGUAUAACACAACAAAUUGGCGCCACAAAUGUACCUAUCGAUGCUAUUCGAGAAUCAACGAAACACGUGAAAGGAUUUGCCGAUAAGAAAUUCAAAAUACCUGGUCUUUUGAUAAUAGAUACUCCUGGGCACGAAUCUUUUAGCAAUUUAAGAAAUCGAGGAUCUUCUCUGUGUGAUAUAGCGAUAUUAGUUGUAGAUAUUAUGCACGGUUUAGAACCACAAACUAUCGAAAGUCUUAAUUUACUGAAGGCAAAGAAAUGUCCUUUCAUCGUAGCUUUAAAUAAAAUCGACAGAUUAUACGAUUGGCAAACUAUGAACCGAAAAAAUGUUCAGGAUAUCAUAAAAAGCCAGUCUAUUAAUACACAGCGAGAGUUCGAAAAACAUUCGAAAGAUGUUAUUUUGCAAUUUGCUGAACAAGGCCUGAAUGCAGCAUUAUAUUACGAAAAUGAAGAUCCUAGAAGUUACGUAUCCCUUGUUCCCACUAGUGCUAUCACGGGUGAGGGUAUGGGUAAUUUGUUAUCGUUAAUAGUCGAUGCCUGCCAGGGUCCACUAGCUAAAAGACUCAUGUACAGCGAAGAGCUUCAGGCUACUGUUUUGGAAGUGAAAGUAUUGCCAGGUCUCGGAACUACGAUAGAUUGUAUUCUAGUCAAUGGAAUGUUGAGAGAAGGCGAGACAAUGAUAGUAGCAGGAACCGAUGGCCCUAUAGUGACUCAAAUCCGUUCACUUCUUAUGCCACAACCGCUGAAAGAAUUAAGAGUCAAAAACGCGUACAUCGAACAUCGCGAGGUAAAAGCUGCUCAAGGAGUAAAAAUUGCUGCGAAGGAUUUAGAAAAAGCAAUUGCGGGAUUGAAUCUUCAAGUGGCACAAAAACCGGAUGAAGUGGACGUCCUGAAAGAAGAAAUCGCAAAGGAAUUAGCCAGCGCUCUUGGAAAUAUUCGGCUCGCAGAACGAGGUGUUUACGUGCAAGCGUCAACUUUGGGUGCCCUCGAAGCAUUAUUGGACUUCCUGAAAAGUAGCCAUAUACCGUAUGCUGGAAUACGCAUCGGAUCCGUAGUGAAGAAGGACGUGAUGAAGGCCUCAAUCAUGUUGGAGCACGAUAGCCAAUACGCGACGAUCCUCGCGUUCGACGUGAAGAUCGAAAGAGAGGCUCAGGAACUGGCUGACUCUCUCGGCGUGAAGAUCUUCCAGGCAGACAUCAUCUAUCAUCUGUUCGAUAAAUUCACGGCUUACAGGGAAGAGCUGAAGCAACGGAAACGGGACGAGAACAAGCACAUCGCCGUGUUCCCUUGCAAACUUCGUGUCUUGCCGCAGUACAUCUUCAACUCCCGUGAUCCGAUCGUGAUGGGCGUGAUGGUGGAAGCAGGGAUCGUGAAGGAAGGAACACCGCUUUGCGUUCCCAGCAAAGACUUCGUGGAUUUGGGCGUGGUUUCGAGUAUAGAAUAUAAUCACAAGCCUGUGGACUCGGCGCGGAAAGGUCAGGAAGUUUGCGUGAAGAUCGAUCCGAUACCUGGAGAGGCACCGAAGAUGUUCGGCCGUCAUUUCGACGAGAAAGACUUCGUUGUGAGCAAGAUAAGCAGACAGAGCAUAGACGCGUGCAAGGAGUACUUCAGGGACGACCUCGUGAAGACGGACUGGCAGCUGAUGGUCGAAUUGAAGAACCUCUUCCAGAUAAUCUAGGACAUGCUGGACGUGGCGGAAACGUUGAAGCUCUACCGAUGGCUAUACCGGCUAACAGAGGCGAGGGCUGCGAUCGACCGACACGCGAACCACCUUGGAUCCGUUUCUGAUCGUUGUCGAUCCAUUUGUAAUAUACACGUGGAAGUUUUCGAUCUUUCUGUCGUUGUCUUUGAUACACGCAAAUAAUCGGCGCACGCCUUGCUUCAUCCUGUGAUCCCUGGAAAAAAAAUACGCUUGCAAACUCGAGCUAAGCGAGUCUCCUUGCACCGUGAUCCCGCUGCGUGGAUGGAUAAUAAAACCGGAACUCGCUGGAGAUAGACAUCACGCGAGAUAUUCGUUUCCUAUCACGAAUCCGCGCGAGCCUUCGGAACGUAACUGAUAGGUCGGAUUAUUCCGGAUUACGCUUCGACCGAUGUUCUUUGAACCGUGUACAGUUCCAGCCGGAUCCCAUGACAGAUACUAGAAAUCAAAAGGUUCGCAACCGAUCAGCCGGUGUCGGAGAUUAUUUUUUAAUAGUUCCGUGGCAGGUUUAUAGUGCCGGUUCCACCUUCUCCACCGAUUUUUCCCGACGCGAACCAACGCGAAUCGAGCUACGAGAGCUUGGCAGUACUUAAUCAUCGACCUCAUGUCCGGCGCAACGAACACGCGGAAACAACAGAUAAUAUUUAUAUACGUAUAUAGAUAUAUAUAUAUAUAAUAGCCGAAUGGUUGAACGCGUCGCAGUGGAAUGUAGCAGAACCGUGUGUCUUACGAUUAGCAAACCGGUCGCGACCCCUCGAUCGCGGCCAAAGCAAACUAGAUUUCGCGAUUAGCAGUUGGAUAGCGUGGAAAUAGUUGGCAGAUAGUCGAAAACCGAGUCGCGUGAACGUCGGAGAUAUUUUUGAAAUUAGUCGAGGAGAUAUACCUUUUCCGAACGACAUGGCAGAGACGGCAGAGUUAGACGGAUUAGAAUUAGAUCGCACUGCGUUGUCCGCCUAGAGGAUCCAAGAGUUCGCAACGCGUCUGUCCGUGGCCGGAAGUUGUAAGCGUGUCGGAGGGGAAAGGGAAGAAGAGGCCUUUGGAAGAAUUUUGUUACGCAGGUUGGUCGACGCACAGAGGGACGACGAUAGAAGAGAAAGCGAGAAAAGCCCUUAGCGUUUCCUAGUUUCCGGCCACUUCCAUCUCCGAUGCGAGCUAGCUAGCGCCGAGUGAACGAGUUUCGUCCGAUACUACCUCGCAUGCGGUCGCGGCAGGCGAACAAGGCGGUGGCUGUUCCAAACGAAAAGGGACUUCCGUCUUCUCUCUUCCUCCUCUUCCCGCCGCCAUUCCACCGCAACCUCCGUUUUUCCCAUCUACCUUACGUCACACGCUCCGGUUUCCUCGCCACUCGCCACCUAGUCCUGUCUUUUUCGCCCCUCUCCCUACCUCCCCCUCUCCUCUCUCGCUAUCUUACAGCAAACCCCUCUUCCGCCUUUUCCAUCGCCAUUCGACGUUUUUCCCCAAUCGUACUUCCUUUCCUCAUCCUCCACUUCCUAUCUUCGCGAAAGUCUCUCUUUCGCCUUUUCCAUCGCCAUUCGACGUUUUUCCCCAAUCGUACUUCCUUUCCUCAUUCUCCACUUCCUAUCUUCGCGAAAGUCUCUCUUCCGCCUUUUCCAUCGCCAUUCGCCAUUCGCCAUUCUUGCCCAAUUGUACUUCCUUUCCUCAUCCUCCACUUCCUAUCUUCGCGAAAGUCUCUCUUCCGCCUUUUCCAUCGCCAUUCGCCAUUUUUCCCCAAUCGUACUUCCUUUCCUCAUCCUCCACUUCCUAUCUUCGCGAAAGUUUCUCUUCCGCCUUUUCCAUCGCCAUUCGACGUUUUUCCCCAAUCGUACUUCCUUUCCUCAUCCUCCACUUCCUAUCUUCGCGCAAACAUCUCUUCCGUGUUUUCCAUCGCCAUUUGUAAUUUUUCCCCGAUCGUACUUCCUUACCUCAUCCCCCACUUCCUAUUUUCAUGCAAACGCCUCUUCCGUGUUUUCCAUCGCCAUUUGUAAUUUUUCCCCGAUCGUACUUCCUUACCUCAUCCCCCACUUCCUAUUUUCAUGCAAACGCCUCUUUCGUGUUUUUCAUCGCCAUUCGCCAUUUUUCCGACUAUAGCGUUCUUACUGUAUCCUCCUCUUUUUAUUUUUAUGCAAACGUUUCUUCGUUUUUUCCAUCGCCAUUCGCCAUUCUUCCUCGACCAUACUUCCUUACUUCAUCCUCCGCUUCUUAUCUUCGCGCAAACAUCUCUUCCGUGUUUUCCAUCGCCAUUCGCCAUUUUUCCUCGAUCAUAGUGUUCAUCGCUCAUCCGCCUAUUCCCAUCUUCGUGCAAACGUCUCUUCCGUGUUUUCCAUCGCCAUUUGUAAUUUUUCCCCAAUCAUACUUCCUUUCCUCAUCCUCCUCUUUAUAUCUUUAUACAAACGUCUCUGUCUUUUCUAUUAGCAUUCGCCAUUCUUCCUUGAUCAUAGUGUUCAUUGCUCAUCCACCUAUUCCCAUCUUCGUGCAAACAUCUCAUCCGUGUUUUCCACUAUUAUUCGUCAUUUUUCCCCAACCAUAGUGUCCUUAGCUUAUCCUCCUCUUUCUAUCUUCGUGCAAACUUCUCUUCGUGUUCUUCAUCGCCAUUCGCCAUUUUUCCGACUAUAGCGUUCUUACUGUAUCCUCCUCUUUUUAUUUUUAUGCAAACGUUUCUUCGUUUUUUCCAUCGCCAUUCGCCAUUCUUCCUCGAUCAUACUUCCUUACUUCAUCCUCCUCUUCAUAUCUUUAUACAAACGUCUCUGUGUUUUCUAUUAGCAUUCGCCAUUUUUCCCAGACUAUAGUGUUCUUCGUUCAUCAUCCUUUUCCUAUCUUCGUGCAAACGUACCUUCGGUGUUUUUCACUAUUAUUCACCAUUUUUCCCCAACCAUAGUGUCCUUAGCUUAUCCUCCUCUUUCUAUCUUCGUGCAAACUUCUCUUCGUCUUUUCCAUUACCAUUCGCCAUUUUUCCCUGACCAUACUUCCUUACCUCAUCCUCUAUUUUCAUGUAAACGUCUCUUCAUCUUUUCCAUCACUUAUUCGCCAUUUUUCCCCGACUAUAAUGUUCCUCCUUUCUAUUUUCACGUAAACAUCUCUUCGGUGUUUUCCAUCACUAUUCGCCGUUUUUCCCUGAUCUUAGCGAGCGUGGUCCUUGCCUCAUACUCUUCCUAUCUUCGUACAAAUGUCUCUUCGUCUUUUCCAUCACCUUUCGCCAUUUUCUCCAACCAUAGUGAGUGUGGUCCUUACUUCAUACUCUUCCUAUCUUCGUGCAAACGUCUCUUCGUCUUUUCCACCACUGUUCGCCAUUUUUCCUCAACCAUAGUGUCCUUACGUCAUCCUCCUUUUUAUAUUUUCGUGCAAACGUAUCUUCGGUAUUUUCCACCACUGUUCGCCAUUUUUCCUCAACCAUAGUGUCCUUGCGUCAUCCUCCUUUUUAUAUCUUCGUGCAAACGUCUCUUCGGUGUUUUCCAUCACCAUUCGCCAUUUUUUCCCCGACCAUACUUGCUCCCACACUUUCUUCCACACCAUCUUCUCCUCCAUAUGACGCUCUCUUGAGUAUUUCCUUGUUGGGCGCGCUCGGUUCCCGCUUCCGCUUCCACGAAUCGCUCUCGAGACACGUGAGUGGUUGAUCGUCGGCUCUGCCCGGCGAGGAAGAUUCGAGUGGACGAGGAAUAGGUAAGAUGGAAGGUGCAAUAGAAGUAUACAAUGUGCAAUACGAAUGCGAAUGUCGGUUGUGUCGGGCCUGGAACGGCGUUCUAGAUCACGGACGUAUGAAAUUCCUGCGCGACGUUAAUUCAAGGCGCGUUGCGGGUUACAGCUAGGUACACACGGUGAGACGGCGAUGGUGUCGGAAAGCGAGAUAUGGUAAUAGUUACGGCGACGAAUUUCGUCACGAAUGGCAAACUCGUCUGAGUCGCCUCGGUACUCACGAUCGAUUCGUGGAAGGAGAAGCGUGUCUCGCAUACAGUUUCCGACGUGUUUCCGGUUUCGUGGUUCGGGAACACACGUGCGAGGAAGAGAAGAGACGGAAAGGGGAGUAGGUGUAGAUACGCGGAUAGGAGGAGGACGGUGUGUGAAUGAGUGACUGAGAGAGAAUGAGAACGAGAGAAAGAGAGAGAGAGAGAGAGAGAGAGAGAGAGAGAGA